CGCAAUGCCAUAUCCUCAAUACUUGUGCACACUAACACUUUUACAAAAGAGAUUUUCUUCAGCCUACCUGCCUCAGCUAGUAUUCUGAUCCUGCCACCCGCCUGAUGCCAAGUUCUCCUUUUUUCAUCCACCUUGGUCACCGGGUACUGGUAUUGCCACCCACAGCACCACUCUGUCACCGGGUCACUUUCUGGACUCCCGAUGCUUCUGCUGCAACCUCCAGGCCUAGAGAAGGGUCCUCGGCAGUUGAUGCGAGCUGGGAUUGCACUGAUCUUUGUGGGCCAUGUAAACUUCAUUUUGGGUGCCAUCGUUCAUGGUACUGUCCUUCGGCAUGUGGCUAAUCCAGAGAAGAAGGUGAGCCCGGAAUAUUGCACCGCCAACAUCAUCUCUGUGGUGUCUGGGCUGCUGAGCAUCACAACAGGAAUAUGUGCAAUCCUCGCCUCCAGGAACCUGGCCUGCGCCAAAAUUCACUGGUCCCUCCUGAUCCUGGCUCUGGUGAACGCCUUGCUCUCUGCCGCCUGCUUCGUGGGACUUGUCCUGUCUGUGUCAUUAACUAUUGCUAACGGAGGCAAGAACCUUAUUUCUGGAUGUAACGCAACGGUCCUACCUGCAGAUACCCGCUCUGUCAUCAUGAGUAACGAGUGCCCCUUCGACACCACACGGAUUUAUGACACCACUCUGGCCCUCUGGUUCCCCUCCAUGUUCCUGUCUGCUGUGGAGGUGGGGCUCUCCAUCCGUUGCUGUGUGGUGGCAUUUAUCCUCCGAGGGAUUGGUCCAUGUGCAGAGACUUAUCAGAGGCAGCAGCUGCAGGAAGAGGAAGCCGAGAAGGAGCGGCAGGAGGACGGCGUGAGGCCGGAAACCCACCAGUUGAUAGAGGCACGAGCGUAGCCAUGUCCUAGAGAUUUACGGCUGCUCCGAGGCCUGGGCUGGAUGCACUGACUGAGCCGGCGCCCUAGAUCCUCCACCCCGUAUGGCUUCUCGUCUGCUUUUGCUGUUUCGUUUUUAUUUGCUGUACAUUUGCUGUCAUGUUCAGUCAUUUCUGUAUUUUCCUGAAAGUUUGUGAAUAAAUCAGA